AUGGCUCGACCAGAAAAGAACGAGCCGAGAAAUGGAGGACCCUCUUUCGGUGACGGAUUGCCGAGCUGCCCGAUUUCGAGGGUCGAGAGCGUUUAUGAACAGCGCGCAAAGAAAGAUAUUUGGUGCCACAGUGACAGUGGAAAAGUGCGCGAGAUCUUCGGCGGACGUACACGCCGCGGACUUGGCGAUGAGAAAGACGAGAAGACCGCCACCCGCCACGUCAAAAUCAAAAUUGCGCCAUUCACCAGAUUCGGUCACGAACUAUCAAACACGCCAGCAGAGAAGGUGGUUGCCUUACGGCCGGUGACGCUGGCAAAGCAUAAAUUUUGGGAUCUCAGCAUGACUGACGGUCCUUCAUCGGAAGCUCCCGGUCGAAUUGGUAGGUCUACUCCGCAAAAUCUCGGUCCAUUAUUUCGAGCAUCGAAACUACCUCUUGUGAACUCGUGGCAGUCCCCAACGUUUUCUGAAUCAAGCCUCCGGAUUCCUAUUCCGUUCACCAUUGAAUGGCUGAUUACGUCGGUGUCAGCUAAGUAUCUUGCACACAUCGGUUCAAAAUGCCUUCAGCUCGACCGACUAACUCAAGUCACCUCACCGCUCGGCUUAUCGGCAUAUUCAUGGGACCCCUUCACAACGGCCGUAUUAAAGGCUUUGGGCACUAUAUCAAGAGACCGAUCGGUCACUGGUGACCUCCGGCGUUCUCUUCGUCUGCGGCCAUCACGGGUAGGCUGCAUGACGCACGACACCAGUAUGUCGCGCACGAAAGUGCCUCCGACGAACCGCUCGGACGAGUCUCUCCCCCUGCGUCAUCAUCAUCCUUCCUUCGUCGUCUCCAAGUGGGGCCGUGGACCUAACAGUGUGCCGCCCUCCCUCCCACCGGCCAUUCGGGCUCUCCUUUAUCCACUUUGCCGCGUCGGCCGUCGCACAUGCCAGCAACCCGAUGCCGUCAACUUGGGCUACCUGAUCUUCCGGGGAGAAACGACAAUGUCGCAAGGUUCAUGUCAAGUCGAGUACCUCACACAUCGCGGUGCGAUGCGCACGCUCAUCGAAUGCACCUGUCCCGGGUACAUAUGCACAUUCGCGCGCAACGUACCAAGCCGCACAUGCAAGCACACCGCUGGUGUUUACGUUUGCAGCUCGGAGCGGGCGGAGAACAGCCCGCCCGCGAGAGAAUUGCAGUUCAUGCCGCAUAGCUGGGUAGCGACCGGCAACACUGAUCGCUUCUCUAACGUAGCCACGGUAACACCACUCCAAUACUGGCCACCGACACCAGCGGGUACCUAG